AACAAUUGCUGCUCAGUGUGAUACCGGCUUACAUAGCAGCCGAGGUUAAACGAAGGAUUAUACUUAAAAUGACCAGUUCAUGUACAACCAGUGAAGUGCAUCGGCCUCCAGCUAAGCAAAGAUUUCACGAGCUUUAUGUACAAAGGCACAACAAUGUCAGUUUACUUUAUGCUGAUAUAGUCAAUUUUACGCCGUUAUCUGAACAAUUGAGCGCUACCGAACUUGUUAGAACUUUGAAUGAUCUUUUUGGCCGAUUCGAUCAAAUUGCUCAGGAAUGCCAAUGCAUGAGAAUCAAAAUUCUUGGUGAUUGCUAUUAUUGCGUCUCUGGGCUUCCAGUUUCACGUCCAAGUCAUGCCAUCAACUGUGCUCAAAUGGGACUGGGAAUGAUUGAAGCAAUAAGGUCUGUUCGUGAAGCGACCAAUGUCAUGGUUGACAUGAGAAUUGGAAUUCACUCGGGAAAUGUACUUUGCGGUGUUAUUGGCCUCAUCAAGUGGCAAUACGAUGUUUGGUCAGAUGAUGUUACACUAGCCAUGCACAUGGAGUCAGGAGGAGUUCCAGGUCGAGUUCAUAUCACAAAGCAAACCUUACAUCUAUUGGAAGGUCGAUUCAAAACUGAACCUGGAAAUGGUCACCUUCGCAGUCCAUAUUUGGCCCAACAUCAGAUAGAAACUUUCCUGAUCGUUCCUGAACAGGGUUCAUGUGAUCAAAAUAGUCUUUCAGAUCAUCUAAAUGAUGGUCACUGUUUAAAAAGAAGCCCAAUGAAUUCAAGUUUUGUUAAACGUAAAGGUAAAUACAUGGAGCGUUGGGGAAACGAUAAACCCUUUUCAAAUACUUCGGAAUCAAUUUUAGCCAAAAAUAUAAGAUUAACUAGUGUAGCUCUAAUUGAAACUAAUCUUCUUCCCAAUUCACAUUUAUGCUGUGAUACUGAUACCCAUGAGAUGAACCCAAUGCUAUUAAUUUUUCGGAAAAGGACACUUGAACGAGAAUACAUUAGCCAUGAUGAUAAUUUAUUUUGUUAUCAUGUAAUCUGUUCGUCCAUUUCAUUUGCCUUUCUAAUUGCUGUUCAAUUACUUCUUCUUCCUGAUACAUGGAUAUCAUUUACGUUACUUGCUUCAACAAGCACGGUUUUAAUUACCAUUGUUAUCUUCAGUAUUUGGUCUCACAUUCAUGGUGAAUACAGUUCAAUACAACCAAGUCCUGUUUCUCAUUCAUCGUCUUCGUCUUCAUCAUCCGCUGAAGAUUCGUCAUCUCCCGUUGAAUCUUUCAUUGGUGUCCUUAACUCACCUAGAUGCAUAAAGGUGACCCUCUCUGUGAUUGGCAUUAUUUUUGUGGCCACUUGUAACAUCCUUAGUGUAACCUUUUUAACCUGUCCACCUACAUUACCAAAUGGUUCACCUCAAUCACCGACAGAGUCUAUCAACAUAACUUUAGGAGUCAACAAAUCAUUGACUAGCCAGGAAUCAAUAGUUAAUCCUGAUUAUAUCGAUUAUACUCUAUCUGAAUGUCAAGUGAUGAGGAAACAUUAUUAUCAGAUAUCACCGUUUCUUACAUUAUUCACAAUUUCCAUCUUAAUUCAUUUCAAUUUUCUUCUCAAGUUACUCAUAAUGUUACUCUAUUUGGCUGGAUUUAUAACUUCCCUGGUUCUAACGGAAACUGAUAAUCUGACAAUAGACUCUAAGCUGUCCAAGGAGGUCCACUUCGUUGCCCUGCUUUUCGUAAUAUCCUUACUUCUCGAUGUUCUUGAUCGUCAAGUUGAGUAUACUUCAAGGAGCGAUUUCUUGUGGCGAGCAAAGCUUAAAGUUGAACAAGAAGAGGUUGAAACCAUGGGAGGAAUCAAUAAGAUACUUCUUGAAAAUAUACUUCCAGCUCAUGUAGCUCAUCAUUUCCUUCAUUAUUCAAUGGCCAAUGAUGGCUCUAUUAAGGAACUUUAUGCAGAAAAAUAUGAUUCAGUGACUGUUAUGUUUGCCUCUAUACCAAAUUAUAUGGAAUUUUAUGAUGAAAAUGAUAUCAACAAGCAGGGUUUAGAGUGUCUGAGACUUCUUAAUGAAAUUAUCUGUGAUUUUGAUAAAAUGCUGUUGAAACCCAAAUAUAGUUGCAUUGAGAAAAUUAAAACUAUUGGAAGCACUUACAUGGCAGCUUCAGGAUUACAACCAGGCCAGGAAAAUUUAAAAGGUUCAGCUGGUCGAGAGGCUCACAAUGUUACUAUAUUGGUUGAAUACGCGAUAACAAUGAUGAGUAUUUUAGAGCAAAUCAAUAAGGAAUCGUUUCAAAGGUUCAAAUUACGAAUUGGAAUCAACCAUGGACCUGUUAUUGCUGGCGUUGUUGGUGCACAAAAACCUCAAUAUGAUAUUUGGGGAAAUACGGUGAAUGUUGCUUCAAGAAUGGAUUCUUGUGGCGUUAUUGGUAAAAUACAGGUAACUGGAGACACUGCAAGAGUAUUACAAGAAAGUGGCUAUGAAGUCGAGUGUCGAGGACAAAUUAAAGUUAAAGGCAAAGGAAAUUUAACAACUUAUUUUGUGAAAAUUACAAAUCAACACAAAUUAAUUAAUUAAAGUCGACAAAUCACAUUACAUUUCAAAUGAUAUUGUAAAUAAUGAAAUAUUUUGUUCCACCUCAAAUAUCAGCACAUGAAAUCUUUACAUUUCUUUACUUUUUGCAACUUGUGAAUCAACAUUUGGCCAAUAAUGUUUAAUCAACUAUUACAAGUAUUGUUACAAAAAUUAAAAAUUAAAAACAAUCGUCUGUAA